CUCCUCCCACUUUCUCUCCCUUUGUGCCUCUCUUCUCCUCUCUUCAUCAAAGUCGGAGAAAGAGAACCUGAGAGAGAAAGGGGCGACAGCAUUUCUCGCUUCGUCCUUCUCGGAAUCUCAUCUUUCAGUUGUUAAAGGGUUUUGUUGGGAAGCUUCAUUGCUAUGGCUACUGCAACGGUUUCGUCCUCUGGUCCACGAUAUGCACCACCAGACCCCACUCUUCCCAAGCCUUGGAGAGGCCUGGUUGAUGGUAAAACUGGGUAUCUCUACUUUUGGAAUCCGGUAACCAAUGUCACACAAUAUGAGAGGCCUACAAGUUCUGAUGUUCCUGCAAAGUCUUCUUCGGUGCCUCUAAGUUCUUCAGUUCAGGUUCAGCAAUCUUCUGAAGGGCAUCGUGAACAUAGUCCAGACAAGGAGGAUGAUAGGCAUGGAAGAGGCAGCGGUGUUGCGUCAAGGAGUAUUCAGAGUGCAAGAAGUGGAGCAGUUCAUUCUCAUACAGCCCCAAGUGGGACAACUGGAGGAAGUGGUUUAUCCCCUGAGGCUUAUCGUCGUAAGCAUGAGAUUACUGUAACUGGAGUUGAUGUGCCACCUCCUUUUACAUCAUUUGAAGCUACUGGCUUUCCCUCUGAGAUACUUAGAGAGGUACUCAAUGCUGGAUUCUCUGCCCCAACUCCAAUUCAAGCUCAAUCAUGGCCAAUUACAUUGAAAAGUAGAGACAUAGUGGCUGUUGCCAAAACAGGUUCUGGAAAAACCUUAGGUUACUUAAUUCCAGGCUUCAUUCAUCUGAAGCGCUGUCGUAAUAAUCCUCAAAUGGGUCCUACGGUGUUGGUAUUGUCACCAACAAGGGAGUUGGCUACUCAGAUACAAGAUGAAGCUGUGAAAUUUGGGAAGUCAUCUAGAAUUUCUUGUACGUGUUUGUAUGGAGGAGCGCCAAAGGGUCCUCAGUUGAGAGAUAUAGAGAGAGGAGCAGAUAUUGUGGUUGCCACUCCUGGUCGGUUAAAUGAUAUCCUAGAGAUGAGAAAAAUCAGCCUCCAUCAAGUUUCUUAUCUUGUGCUAGAUGAGGCUGACCGCAUGUUAGACAUGGGUUUUGAACCUCAGAUACGGAAGAUUGUCAAAGAGGUGCCUACUCGCCGCCAGACUCUAAUGUUCACUGCAACCUGGCCGAGGGAAGUUCGAAAAAUUGCAGCAGAUCUACUUGUGAAUCCUGUUCAGGUUAACAUUGGCAAUGUUGAUGAGCUUGUGGCAAACAAGUCCAUCACUCAGCAUGUUGAAGUAUUGUCCCCAAUGGAGAAACAUAGGAGAUUGGAACAGAUAUUGCGCUCCCAAGAACCGGGAUCAAAAAUCAUAGUUUUUUGCUCAACCAAAAAGAUGUGUGAUCAACUUGCUCGUAACCUUACUCGUCACUUUGGAGCUGCAGCCAUCCAUGGGGACAAAUCUCAGAGUGAGCGGGACAGUGUGUUGGGUCAGUUUCGUACUGGGAGGACACCGGUGCUUGUUGCCACAGAUGUUGCUGCUCGUGGUCUGGAUAUUAAAGACAUCAGGGUAGUUAUCAACUAUGACUUUCCUAAUGGAGUGGAAGAUUAUGUUCAUAGGAUUGGAAGGACUGGCAGGGCAGGUGCUACUGGAGUUUCUUACACAUUUUUUGGUGAUCAGGAUGCAAAAUAUGCUUCUGACCUUAUAAAAGUUCUAGAAGGGGCUAACCAGCGAGUUCCUCCAGAGAUCCGUGAAAUGGCAUCACGUGGUGGUGGAAUGGGCAGGCCCAGACGUUGGUCUUUUAGUUCUGGUGGACGUGAUGGAGGCAGUUCUGGUGGACAUGAUGGAGGCCGUGGUGGACGUGGUAGUGAUUCUGGGUAUGGUGGAAGAGGCAGUGGGGCGAAUUCUACAUCCUCUAGUGCAGGACGUGGAUAUGGUCAUGAAUCACGAGACAGGUAUGACCAUGGUUACAAUGAUGGUGGUUAUGACAGGGGACGUAGUCGCAGUCGAAGUCCUGCAGGUUGGGGUGACCGUAGUAAAAACUGGAGCCGUGACCGCAGUCGUAGCCCUGAUAGGUUUGAUAGACCUGUAGCUCAUGAACGCUCCCCAGUGCGCAGUUUUCAUGAGGCAAUGAUGAGACGGAGCCAGGUAUCCCCACCAUCCCAACAGCGUGGGAGUCCUCAUCCUGAGAGGUCAAGAUCACCUUAUGGUGAUAAACCCCAAAACCAUUUUGGCGAUGACGAGGAAGGCAUGAUUCCAGCUGAUCAAGAUGGCAUGAUACCUACUAAGGAUAAUGGUGGUUGGUGAUGAUCAAUGAUGGCCGUUAAAGUCAUAGGUGGAAGAAUUUAGGUUUUUUGCGUUUCUUUUGUGCUGUCUCUCUCUAACGGAUUACGUUUAAAUAGCUAAGAUGGAAAAAAUGUGGCGGAGGUGAUGGAGGGCCCGAUGUUUUCAAUGUUUUCCAGGGCUCAAGCAUAAUUCUGAAGGUAUUGAAGUUGUAUGAGUCAACUGUUUAUAGAUGUGGUAGGAGCUAUCUGAUGAUGAUGACAAAGUAUUUUGGUGUAUCAUCUGCCAUGUAAUCUCCCUGCAUAGGAACAUGUGUUUAUCUCUGUUGCCUAUCAUCAGUAUGUUUUUCCAGCUUUUAUAUCAGUGUGACAGUGUCAAGUUCUCCACU